GCGGCGGCAGCAGAGGAGAGAGCGGGAGGAGGGAGGGAAGGCAGGAAGAGGGCAACCGAAGGCUGGGCCAGGUGGCUCGACCGGGUGCUGGCUGCGCUGCUCUCGGUUCCGACGGCCUCUCUCAUGCGUUGAGGGCGCCCGGCUGGGCCGGACCGGCGGCCGGAGGGGAGGCUCCUCUCCAUGGUCCAGAAGACCAGCAUGUCCCGGGGCCCUUACCCAUCCUCCCAGGAGAUCCCCAUGGAGGUCUUCGACCCCAGCCCACAGGGCAAGUACAGCAAGAGGAAAGGGCGGUUCAAAAGGUCGGAUGGGAGCACAUCCUCGGAUACAACAUCCAACAGCUUUGUCCGCCAGGGAUCAGCAGAGUCCUAUACCAGCCGUCCGUCAGACUCCGAUGUGUCUCUGGAGGAGGACCGAGAAGCCUUAAGGAAGGAGGCAGAGCGCCAGGCAUUAGCCCAGCUCGAGAAAGCCAAGACCAAGCCAGUGGCAUUUGCUGUGAGGACAAAUGUCGGCUAUAACCCAUCUCUAGGGGAUGAGGUGCCUGUUCAGGGAGUGGCCAUCACCUUCGAGCCCAAGGACUUCCUGCACAUCAAAGAGAAAUACAAUAAUGACUGGUGGAUUGGGCGACUGGUGAAGGAGGGCUGUGAGGUUGGCUUCAUCCCCAGCCCUGUCAAACUGGACAGCCUGCGCCUGCUGCAGGAACAGAAGCUGCGCCAGAACCGCCUCAGCUCCAGCAAAUCAGGUGACAACUCCAGCUCCAGUCUGGGAGACGUGGUGACUGGCACCCGCCGCCCCACGCCCCCUGCCAGUGGUAAUGAAAUGACUAACUUAGCCUUUGAACUAGACCCCCUGGAGUUAGAGGAUGAGGAGGCAGAGCUCGGUGAGCAUAGUGGCUCUGCCAAGACUAGCGUUAGCAGUGUCACCACCCCGCCACCCCACGGCAAGCGCAUCCCCUUCUUCAAGAAGACAGAGCAUGUGCCCCCCUAUGACGUGGUACCUUCCAUGAGGCCCAUCAUCCUGGUGGGACCGUCGCUCAAGGGCUAUGAGGUUACAGACAUGAUGCAGAAAGCUUUAUUUGACUUCUUGAAGCAUCGGUUUGAUGGCAGGAUCUCCAUCACUCGUGUGACAGCGGACAUCUCCCUGGCUAAGCGCUCAGUCCUCAACAACCCCAGCAAACACAUCAUCAUCGAGCGUUCAAACACACGCUCCAGCCUGGCUGAGGUUCAGAGCGAGAUCGAGCGAAUCUUCGAGCUGGCCCGGACCCUUCAGUUGGUUGCCCUGGAUGCCGACACCAUCAACCACCCAGCCCAGCUCUCCAAGACCUCACUGGCCCCCAUCAUUGUUUACAUCAAGAUCACCUCUCCCAAGGUUCUUCAGAGGCUCAUCAAGUCUCGAGGGAAGUCUCAGUCCAAACACCUCAAUGUGCAAAUAGCAGCCUCGGAGAAGCUCGCGCAGUGUCCUCCCGAAAUGUUUGACAUCAUCCUGGAUGAGAAUCAACUGGAGGAUGCCUGCGAGCAUUUGGCCGAGUACUUGGAAGCCUACUGGAAGGCCACACACCCGCCCAGCAGCACUCCGCCCAAUCCGCUGCUGAACCGCACCAUGGCUACUGCAGCCCUUGCUGCCAGCCCUGCCCCUGUCUCCAACCUCCAGGUACAGGUGCUCACCUCACUCAGGAGAAAUCUCAGCUUCUGGGGAGGGCUGGAGGCCUCGCAGAGGGCCAGGGCGGUGCCCCAGCAGCAGGAGCACACCGUGUAGGGACCAUACCUUGCUUCCGGGGACCAGUCACUGGAACGGGCCACCGGGGAGCACGCCAGCGUGCACGAGUACCCGGGAGAGCUGGGCCAGCCCCCAGGCCUUUACCCCAGCAGCCAGCCGCCAGGCCGGGCGGGCACCCUGCGCGCACUGUCCCACCAAGACACGUUUGAUGCCGACACCCCUGGCAACCGAAACUCUGCCUACACGGAGCUGGGAGACUCGUGUGUGGACAUGGAGACUGACCCCUCCGAGGGGCCAGGGCUUGGAGACCCUGCAGGGGGCAGCACCCCACCAGCCCGACAGGGAUCCUGGGAGGAUGAGGAAGACUAUGAAGAGGAGCUGACCAACAACCGGAACCGCGGCCGGAAUAAGGCGCGCUAUUGCGCGGAGGGCGGGGGUCCAGUCCUAGGACGCAACAAGAAUGAGCUGCAGGGUUGGGGGCGGGGCGUCUACAUCCGCUGAGAGGCGGGGGCCACACAGUGGGAGGAAGGGCUCUGAGCCCAGGGGAGGGGCGGGACAGAGGGGCUCACCACUGCGGAUGUAUCUUGCCUCCAGGGGGCGCUGUCUCCCUCCUUUCAGAUGCCUUUGCUCAAUGUUUGGGGUUUCUUUGGUGGUAGCAUUCCAACCAGCUCCUGAGACUCCCUUAAGCCUCAGCGGUAGGUUUUUACCUACAUGUUGUGGGUGCAUGGGGGGAUGACAACCUUCCUGCAGUAUCCCCUUCCCCACCUCAGGGGGCUCUCUCCCCUCGCCCAGAGAAAAGGUGCAGUUCCUUAACUCCUUCUACUCCAGGCUUUAAAUGAGUGUCCUAAAAUGGGGUGGCCCUUUCUUUCUCCAACCUGGAGUAUUUGGGAAGGGUAGGGGGGCUUUUCCUGGAGAGGGAGACCACAGACUCUUUCCCAUGAGGGCUGUCUUCCCCAAGCCCCAGAUCCAGGGUCCUUCACCAUGCCCACCCCUCCCCCUAGCUUCCUGGCAGCAUUGUCUGGGAGGUGAAAGUUACAGCAUUGGAAACCCCACCGGGAUCUCGUCUUCGGGAGUGGUCUGGGUAGAAGCUGGCAGGCAUCAGAUGUAGUGCCCUGUGCCCGCCCAGGACCUAGAACCCUGAGGAGGGGGCAACCCGAGAUGCUGCUACCCCCACCACCACCUCCAUGCCUCAAGGCUUUGCCUACCCCAGGAAUGAGCUUUGCCUACAACAUCCCUUGCCUGCAGCCAUCAGAAGAGGGGGCCCCUCUCCAUCUGAGCCCCCCCAUCCCCUUGUCACCUGGGUGUGGAGCCCAUGGAACACUCUGGUCCAGCUCAUUUUGAAACCAAAAAACUGCUUCACUUUCACCCUGAGGCCCCAGGGGAGAGGGUAAUUGUCACCCUUGGGGCCUCAGGACCUCGGAUCCCCCCGGGGGGCUUAGCUGCUGCUGCUGCUGCUCUGUAUCUGCCUCUUGUGAUCCCGUCCUUUACCCGUGUCCACGACCCCCAGGAGAGGCCUUGGUACCCCCUCUGCCCUGGAUCAUCCCUCCUGCCUAGCAUCCCGUAGCCCAGCAGCCCCGUCCCCCACCCCCACCAGCACCCAGCUGGGCCAGAGAGAGCCGAUUGUGCCAACGAGGACUGGGCCCUGCCCGGCUGCCCGCCUCAGGGAUGGGUGCCUCAUGCCUGUCUCGCCACCUCCUGUGCCAGUGUUGUCCCACCCCCCACCCGGGGGUGGGGUGCAGCUUCCCCUUACUGGUUAGAAGAGACCACUGCCCAACCUCUCCCCUUCCUGUCUGGUGUCCUGUGCCCCCCUCUGUCUGUCUGUUCGUCUGUACUCCCCGAGGAGAAGUAUUUUGCCACAUAUAAAACCGCCAUCCUGUCCUUUGCGGCCA